AUGUCUUCUACUUUGAAAUUUGUGAUUUUGGCUGGAGCAUUUUUGGUGCUCAUUUUGGCUCAUCCGCUGCCGGAAAAAUCUGCGGAGCUCCAAAAUUCGAGCACAGAAAUCGACACUUUGGGGAGCGAGACACGUGUCAAAAGACAGGGUGGAUGUGGAUGUGGAUGUGGAUGUUGCUGCUGUAGACCAAGGUAAGCCCCAGAUUUUUUUAUUUUCGCGCCAAAAAUGAUGACGUCACCACGUGAUUCGCCACAUUUUAAUACCAAACACGAGUAUUUUCAAAAAAAAAAAAAAAAGUCUCGCUCCCGGGUGGGCUCGAACCACCAACCUUUCGGUUAACAGCCGAACGCGCUGCCUAUUGCGCCACGGAAGCAUGUGACUCCUCGCUGCUAAAUUGUCAAUAUAUUUUCGCGGGCGCUCUCUCAUGGGGGGCUUUUUUCUAACAUGAGCAAUCCUAUGUUUAACAUGAGCAAUGCCUAAACUACAGUAAUUUAAAGGUGCUGUUGCUGUUGUCGUCGUUGCUGCACAUGCUGCCGAACUUGCUGCUGUACAAGAUGCUGCACUUGCUGUAGACCGUGCUGCUGUCGGCCGUGUUGCGGAUGCGGAUGCGGAUGCGGUUGCUGCGGAUGCGGAGGUGGCGGACGUAAGCGUCGCGCGGCUCUUCAAGUUUUGAAGAACAAAUUGGCUGCGAAACUCGCGGCGGAAGCUGGAAAUUCUCAAGAAUCUGCUGAAAAUCUCGAAAGCUCUGCUGAAAAUCUUCCAGAACCUGUUUUCGAAUUGGUCACCGAGACUUCGCGCAUUUGA